AUGAACGUGGACGACACAACAGAUGAAAAGCUUGCUUAUCUUCAAAAUCUGUUCCCGUCAGCAAAUGCUGAGGUAUUGUUAGAUCUCCUGGUAAGCUGUAAUGGGAGCGUCAGAGAUGCCACUUUACUUCUAGAUCUGUCUGAAGAAGGUACGCAGUUGGAAGAACAGCGGUCUCCGCCUAGGAAAGUUGCGAAGGUCAAAGGUCAGCAGUCAUUAUCAAGUUUCUUGCCGUUGCAGUCAUUGUAUAAUAGACAAUCAAGACCCUCUGGUAAACCAAUUAUUCUUUAUGGGAAGAAGGAUAUUGAAUUGGAGCUAAAGUAUUGCACAUAUCAUACAGAUGUGCUUCCUGAAGAGCUUGCAAAUAGACUUUUGAAAUUUACCAUGAAUGAGCAGAAUUCAAAGCCAAAUGAAUUUUAUCUCUUUGGUAAUAAAUGUGUUUCCAAUUGCCGUAGUGCGAUUUACAGUAACUUAAGUGCUGAAGAGGACGAUUAUUAUUAUAACGGGAUGCGUGUACAAACUGUUAAUAGGUUCAACGAUGAUAUGGUUAUUACUCGUAGUAUUAUUGAGAAGCUUGUCAAUGAGCAGCUUCAAAAACGUUUGACUCUUCCAUUUCAAACGAAACCGGGUGAUUGGAAAAGCCCAGUCGUGAUAUCUAAUAUAUAUGCAAAAGACAGUGAUCUUCAGUGGCACUCGGACAGGAUGACUUAUAUUGGACCUCACUCAGUAAUAGCGACGCUCUCAUUGGGUUUCUCGAGGGGUGUGCGUUUUCGUAGAGUGUAUCCAUCUAAUUCACAGAUAUAUACUGUAAUGCCUGAACACAAUUCAGUUCUGAUAAUGCAUGCCGGUUGUCAGGAGGAAUUCAAACAUUGCGUUCCCCCUCUACCAAAGAACCACCAAAUCUCAAAAAGUGCCAUAAAUCCUAUUUCUCAAACAACCCGUGUAAGUCUUACAUUUAGAGAUUAUAAGGUGAAUACUUAUGAACCUGUGCACUGUGAUAAAUGCGGGUAUCCAAUGGAUCUCAGACGUAUAUAUAAAACCCCAGAAAAAAGAGGUCAUUACAUCUGGUUAUGUACUAAGAGCUAUACUGCUGGUAAUGGACUUAAUAACAAACAGGAAUGUGGAGGUCUGAAGUUUGCAAGAUUCAAUCAUCCACUUCCUACUACGACGACUGAAUCUGAAGGUAGUUUUUGGGUAGCAGAUGAUGACUUCGAGGCAUUAAAAUUCUGUACUAAGUAG